UAUGUUCACUUCGCCGACCAUAUCAGACCAGUCUACUGUUUGACAAGUUUGUGGAGAGGACUCCUCCUCAAACGAGACUCUCUUUUCAAGUAGAAUAGGAUUGAUAUCCAGAAUAUAAUUGAUCAAAGGAUGAUGCAGUGCUCUUAAGAUGUUCUUUGGAUUCAAGAUUCAUCAGUUACAGACUCUAGCUGUCACAAGUUUGGAAGGAAUCUUGUGGAGUUCAGGAGGGUGUAUGUUAGCUCAUCAACCCUAUAUGUGAUCCCUUUGCAUGAAUCCUAUCAUCAGACGUCAAUACUUUGCCUUGUGUAUGAUUUUUUACUAAAAAUACUAAAUACUACGAAACACACACCAAACUAAUCAUUCUGUCGAGUCGUUGACUGUAUGUUCGUGUGAGGUAACUUGCUUGUUUUGCACUCCCACUUCCUCUUGUUAACGGAAGCAACGGGGGCGAGACUAAAACUUUACCGAGAUGUGCUAGAACUGUAGUGCAGAAAGUUCCAGUGUCUUUUUGCAUGUUGGUUGAACUGAAUUGCCUUUAACAUGAGUGACAAGAAAAGACCCUCAGUUGCAAGGCAGUUGUCUACAGAUGGAAAUCGUGGUGGAAGUCUGAGAGCAACGAGCCUGGUUAAACGUAAAAACAGUGAUCGAAGCGAUCCUGAUGUAUCUAAAGUGGAAAACACACUUUAUGAUCUGUUAGAAGAAGAAGAGGAGAAUCGAAUUACUAAUUAUCGAUCAUGGAUCCGAGAGAAUAUUCUUAUGAGAGAGUGUACUCGCUUCACUCCGGCACCACCUGAUCCCAAGGAUAGAAAGAGAGAUGAGGACCCCAGGUGCCAGUGCAAAAAGAGGAAGACUAAACAUGAAGCGAGAUUUUUGGAGAACCCAGACCCGAGUGCCAAAUGGAAAGCAGAAACCCACACCCAUACCAUUCCCACCAAUGCCUAUGGAGAGAUAGAGUUCACAGGAGCUUUGGUAGGGGCUGUCGGACAGAAUGCCAAGAAGUUCAUAAGAGUGGAUUAUGAAACCAAUCCACUCAUGCUUCUCUCACUCUUUCGAGAUGUUUGGAAUCUAACCAACCCUAAACUCCUCAUCUCAGUGACUGGAGGGGCACAAAACUUUCCCCUCAAUCGCAGACUCAAAGAUGUCUUUCGUAAAGGACUUAUCAAAGCCGCUACCAGCACAGGUGCCUGGAUCAUUACGGGAGGCAUCCAUGCUGGUGUGAUGAAGUAUGUAGGAGAUGCUGUGAGGCACCACAACCUUGCCACCGGACGGAGCGACAUAGUCGCCAUCGGUAUAGCAUCAUGGGGAGUGAUCAAAAACAGAGAAAAGCUCAUAGAUGAUAAUGGCAAGUUCCCAGCUUCCUACAGCAUGGAUGCCGAGAAAAGCGAUACAAGGAACGUGCCUCUUGAUCCAAACCACACCCAUUUCAUCCUGGUUGGCAAGGGGAGGGUAGACCAGUUUGGUGAGGAAAUCACGCUCAGGGGCAAGUUAGAGAAGGCCUUUUCGGAGGAGCAAAUACAAAAAUCAUCUGGAAACGCUGCACGUGUGUCAAUACCUAUCGUAUGUGUGGUCGUGCAAGGUGGACCCAACGCCAUCCAGACGGCUUAUGAAGCCAUCCGAAACGGCACCCCGGUUGUUUUCGUUGCUGGAUCAGGGAGGGCAGCAGACAUCAUGGCCUAUGCAUUCCAACACACCAAAGAGUACAAGACAAUGGAAGGAAAGAAAAAAAUAGUGAGGAGCGUGAUGCCAGAGAUGGUCAGAGUGGAAGUGGCCAAAAUGAUCCAGAAGGAGUUCGGAGAGAAACAGUUGGACCUUCACCUCACUCGUAUCGAGGCCUGCAUUCAGGACAAGCGUCUUAUUACCGUCUAUGAGCUGGGUGCCAGUGCCACCAUGGACAUUGAUGGUGCUAUCCUUCACGCUCUCCUUAAAGCGAACAAGGGAGGGAUUCAGGACCAGCUUCUUCUUGCUCAGAUCUGGAACCGUGUUGACGUUGCUAAGCGAGAGAUCUUCGUUGAUGAUCGAGAGUGCAGGAAAGGGCAGCUGGAUGAAUCCUUGCGUUAUGCCUUGUCCAAUAACCAAGCCAAUUUCAUUGAACUUUUCUUGGAGCAAGGGGUCAAUCUAAAGGACUAUUUGACCAUCAAGGAACUGACCAUUCUCUACAAUGAGAUUCGAUCCAAUUCACUCCUGUAUGAGCAGCUGGAGAAACAUAGAGGAGAGUACUCCACUGACGAGUUCAACCUUAAACAUGUGGGCAAGGUUAUCCGCGACCUGAUGUUUGAAACCUACCAGCCCCUUUACCUGCGAGAUUCAGAUAUGAAGAAGGUCUUGCAGACCAACCAGUUUGAGUUUCCCAUGAGGGAGCUAUUUGUCUUUGCCAUCUUGCAGAAUUAUCAUGAGAUGGCCAAGCUCUUCUGGGACGAGCUAGAGGGCAGUGAAUUCAUAGCAUCAGCGCUGGCCGGGAGCAAGAUGCUCAAGGGUAUGGCAUCCAAGGAGAAGGAUUCUGUCCAGAUAGCUAACAUGGAAGAACAUGCAGCAAACUUUGGAGAGCUAGCCAUAGGAGUCCUGAAUGAAUGCUAUAUAGAGAAUGAAGAAUAUUCAACUUUGCUUCUUGUUUGUGAGCGUCCGAACUGGGGGAAUUCUACGUGUCUUCGUCUGGCCAUGGAAGCAGUGGACAAGAACUUCAUUGUACACUCUGGAGUGCAGAGUCGCCUCACUCAGAUCUGGAUGGGAAAGAUCUCGGAUAAGACAAGUCCAUUUCAUCUAUGGAUGUGCACUCUAUUCCCUCCAUUGAUAUACUUCCUGAAGUUCCCUAAAGAUAAAGUACUGAGCAAGAAGAAGAAAAAGAAGCUUGCCGCUGUCAAAUCAAAAGAUGAUGUGGUUGUUGCUGAAGGUGAUGCAAUGAACAAGGGUAUUGAGUUGGGUGUUGUAGUCCAUCCUCCAUCAGACAAUGAAGACAAUGGAAUGGCAAGCGAGACCAUGCUACUUGAGAACAUGAAUGGACAUUCUGCCAAGCCCAAGCCGCCAAGUGAAGAUAAAGACGAAGAUAUGUUGAGGGACAGUGGCGUGGAUCUGUCCUGGUGGCAAAAAUUCAAGUUCUUCUACAAUGCGCCAAUGAUCACUUUCAGACAUAAUGUGUUGUCCUACAUAGUCUUCUUGGUGCUGUAUAGCUAUGUCAUCCUAGGCAAAUUUGCGAAAGAUAUUUUUGAGUACGUGCUCAUUGUCUGGGUAGUGUCUUUGUUCACAGAGGAGUUUAGACAGAUUGCACAAGGUGAAAACAUCAGCUGGUCGAGUCGCCUUUUAGUGUGGAUCACCGACUACUGGAACAUUCUUGACCUGGCAACGCUGAUCACCUUUGCAGUGGCAGAGAUCCUCAAUUUUGUUGGCUUUGGUGAGGCAGGUCACAUCAUCCUCUCCUUGAACCUCACCCUCUUCUUCAUCCGUGCGCUCCAUAUCUUCUCCAUCAGCAAGCAACUUGGACCCAAACUCAUCAUGAUCCAAAGGAUGAUGGUUGACCUGAUGUUCUUUGUGGCCAUCCUAUGUGUGUUCCUCAUUGGUUACGGGAUCGCAUCUCAAGCCAUUCUCUUUCCUAACGAGACCAACGUCAGUGUCAUCAUGAGAGGCAUCCUGAUGAGGUCAUACUUCCAGAUCUUUGGAGAGCUAUUUCUUGAAGUCAUUGAAGGUUCUGACUGCACAGACAAUUCCACUCUGGUUGAUGGUGUGGACUUUUUCCCAUGUCCUGAACAUUCCUGGAUUGGUAUUGUCCUCUUAGCUGGUUACAUGAUGAUCAGUAAUGUUCUACUUCUCAAUCUGCUCAUUGCCAUGUUCAGUUACACCUUUUCAGCCAUCCAAGACAACACCGACACCAUCUCGAAGAUCCAGCGCUACCGUCUGAUCAUAGAAUACUUCAACCGUCCCCCCUCUCAUACCACCAUUCAUCUUGGUCUCUCAUUUCUACUAUGCCAUACAAUGGUGUCAUAGAACUUGCACCCACUCAAAGAUACCUGACCGUGGCCCGAGCGCGAUUUUCGUUCCAGUUCGUUGCAUAGAUUCCGAGCUAUCGUUGAUUGAUAAAGGAAAUACCCUUAAGAUUGUUCCAUGGGAAGGCAGCAAUGCAGUUAAGUACAAGGACAAACGGAGAAAA